AGCUCUCUUCAGUAUCUUACCGUUCGGGACACGAUAAAGUUCAAGUCGAAAAUUAACGUAAACUAUCGCGUCAAUCCCGAGAAAUACCUCAACACAUCCGCCAAGAACGUUGUCCCCAAAUUUCACAGGUGAAAUUCAAUUCCAUCGUAUCCCACGAUAUCGAGAGUGAUCGAUAAAUAUUGUAGUGCGAUUAGUAACGUAUGCCACUGAAGAAAGUGAUCGGCAAUGUCAUACUACUUCCGUGAGAAACCAAAAUUCGGUGAUAAAAGCAGGGACAAGGACGACGAUUUCAUCCAGAAAAUGAAACAACACUUUGAUGAUGACAAAUCAUUUUUCGAGAGAUCCAAGCGCGAUCCCUUCGAUCGUCAUGCUGGUUUUUCACGGGGCUUCGGCUUUGACGACGAGGGUUUCCGUCGCAACAAAGACAUAAGAUCACACCUCGACGAUCUAGCCGCAAGGCAUCCAGAAUUUGCAGAUCAUCUCCUUGGGCCCCCGUGGGGCGAUUUUACACUAUCCCGUAGGCGUGGUUCUGGUGCAUCCCAUCAGAGUCAUCCAGACGAGGACGCCAGAAGCCAGGCGAGUGGCAGUAGUGCAGCAAGUGCAGCGAGUGGUGCAAGUGGUGUGAGCUCACACGGUGAACCCGAAACAAUAUUCGAAGAGCCCCAAACUAAACUACCCCAAUACGGGCUCCGAAAUACAGUUGACAUUGGCCAGCAUCAGCACAACAUGCAGAAUCAAGACAAAGGGGGUAGAAAUCAAAGAUCUAUGUCAGCACCACCCGAGAACAGACCCGACGAUAAUCAACCGCAGGAUGGUCAAUCUCAGAAUCCAAGAUUUGUAUCGCGUGUGGACAUUACCCCAAAGUUUAACAAUCAAACGACUGAAAAAUCCUCUACAGCCCAAUCUCAACAUCAACCGCAUCCCCAGAAACAACAACAGAGUAAUGUACGACACAUACCGAUAUUCGUUGAGGGUCGUGAUGAACCGGUGAUUCCUAGGAACAAAGAUGAGGCUGUAUUUACAAAGCAACAAUCACCACCGAGAUAUACGAGACAGCAGUCACCUCCCAGAUUCCCGAGGCAUCCAUCACCCCCUAGGUUUCACCAGUCAUUCGAUUCACCCCCAGAAUUUCACACACCCCCGCAUUUUCACAGACCCUCUCACUUCACCAGCGAACGAUUUGCACGACCACGUGAGUGGAAACAAUUCUCCGAGGACGUGUUCGACAGUCCCUUCGAGGGAAUGCGUCGAACCCAAUCACCAUUUCGACAACAGACUGAGCGACAGGAAAGAGCGCCUGAUGGGCAUUUCCCUCAGAAUCACAGCUAUCACCAAACCAGUCAACAACCACAGGAGAAACAGCAGGAGAAGGAACGAUCUGAAGCACCAACUGAACCAGAAAAACCCAAACAACAAAUUCAACCGAAAGAUCCACUGGAGAGGGUAGCCAUUGUUCAACAGGAAGUUGACUCACUUCACGAACAAGUUAAACAAUGGAAUGGUAAAUCAAGACAGGAUAAGGAAUACAUCUACCUCGAUGAGAUGUUGACAAGGGAGUUGAUCAAACUGGAUGACAUCGAGACAGAGGGAAAGGAGAACGUCAGACAGUCUCGCAAGAAUACGAUCAAGAGUAUACAGGACGCCAUUAGUCUACUGGAAUCAAAGGCACCACUGCCGGGACAAACACCGGUAAAAGAGCUCUCCAGUCCCCCAGAUUUCAAUCAAUCGACGAAUGAAGAACAGAAGGUGGAGAGCGUUGAACCAAUGGAGACGGAGAAGAAGGCUGAAGAAGAGGUGAAACCGAUUCCUCUUCCUGCUCCUUCAUCGCCUAUCAAAGAAUCCUCUGCAGAUCCGAAAGAUGUUCCAACAAAUGGUCAACAGUUGACGGGUAAAGGGGCUGCGAAGGCUGAUCAAGCCAGUCUUUCAGGCCAAAAUGUCGCAAUACCAAUGGAGGGAGCUCCUGUUGAGCCAAGUACUGCCAUGGAAAUCCAGACUGAUCAAGACCAGAAGGCGAGCAAUGAUGUAACGAAUGAGGAUACCAAGAAAAUAUCCAAAUCUCCAAAGAAGGUGAAGAAAGCGAAGAAGCAGACGCCCGUCUCGAUGGAGCCAAUUCCAUUGCCCGGACCGGAAGCCCAGCAAAUAAAUUGAAUAAAUGCAUAUAUUAUUUGAAUACAAAAUGAUGAUUAAAUUAUGUGUGAGUAUGAGUUGAAACUGAUUUUUUCAGAUGCUGAAGAUAGACGAUUGAUGGGUAAAUUAUGUUUGAUUUAACGAUGAAUUUAGGAGACUGAUUUUCCAUUCAGUUUCAGCUUUGAACUCUUGUGAGAGUUAUCGAGCUGUGCAGCCAUGAAUUUCAUUUCUUCUAUCCAGUGCCAGAGCGCAAUAAGUGAUUUAAUUGUAUCAUUUUACGAGUUUUAUACGCUACAAAAAUAUUAAUUCUGGCGGAUCAGUGUAGUUUGGCUAUGGUUACAUGAAUAAUCGAAUUAGUUUCCAAUCAAAAUUAUAGUUUUUAUCGUCUCAGGCUCGUUGUAAAUGUUCCAAAAACAUUAUUUACCAUUAGAUGAGGGUAGAAGUACUGAUUUUUACCCUCUAGUCUUCUCAAUUCUUGUAAUUUACAAUAAAUAAAAAUUAAAGUAGAUUUACUGUAGCGAAAAAUCAAUAAAGUGCAACAAGAAAUCAAAAUGUUCAAUUGAAUAUAUGAUUAUUCAAAUAUAAUUAUCACCUUUAUUUUAAGUUAUAUAUAAUUUAUUAUGUUUGUAAGUUACUUGUGUCAAUUAAAAAAUUGAAAAAAUA